CCCCCUUCCCUCCUCCUUGUGGGUGAUAAUUGUAACGCCUCUGUGCGCCUCCGACAAACCCGGGAUUUCUCGCCACCGAGGGCGGCUGCAGCGGAGAGAGGGGCUUCAUCAGUGUCACGAAUCCGGAUUUCCCCAGCCCUUUUGCCGGCAGAGAGGGUGGGGAGGACCGGGGACAGGGUCAGUGGAAGAUUUCCUACAUGCUCGGAUGGCUGGACUCUUGAGGAGCCUACAGCUUACUGGAUCUCAUGUGCCGAAAGGCAAGCCAAUGUAAGCUCAGCCGCCGUCCUGCUCUGUCAUUUUGACUCGGCAACUGUUUUCCCGCCAUCGCCGUGUCGCUCGGAUCGCCUCAUCCUUUCGUAUUAGUGUUCAGAGAGGGUCCUGUCUGCACGCCAUCAGUCAGUUUUCUCCUGUGUUGGUGUAUUCUGAUGGAUCAGUAUGUCUACCACUAAUAAUAUCGCCCAGGCCAGGAAACUGGUGGAACAGCUGAGGAUUGAGGCAGGGAUUGAACGUAUUAAGGUGUCUAAAGCAGCCGCAGACCUGAUGAGUUACUGUGAGCAGCACGCUCGUAGCGACCCUCUGCUGGUUGGGGUGCCCACUUCUGAAAACCCUUUCAAAGACAAGAAGCCCUGCAUCAUCCUAUAGCUGCACCCCGCUUUUCCUGCCCUCACACACACACACAGACACACAUGCACACACUCAUGCACAUAUAAACACACAUUCGCAAUCUGAACAGAUCUCCAGGUGUCCCCAGGUGCACACACACACACACACACACACAGCUACACACACACAGCUACACACACAACUUCGAGCAACCCUAUCUGAUCUUUCAGGGCUGCAUAUCCAUAGACACACACUCCUAAAAUAGCCACACUGGAAAAGCGCCAUACCCCAGAGCCACAGCUAGGGGGCAGGUAUCUUGUGCUCACGGUGGCUGAGAUCAGUAUAUCACUGAAUAUGAUCCAAGGUGCUUUGGUAAUAUUCAUAAAUGCUGGCGAAUUAACUACAGCUUAACUUGAAAAGGGAUUUGGACGAUAAUAAUCAGUGGGAAACCGGUGUUUUUUCAGUUCUUUUGUCAUGAAGUGAGGUGUCGGGUAAAGCAUGAUCAGCUGUGCCAUAGGCAGCGAGUGGGAGGACGUAUGUGGGCAACAGAAAAGGGUGGUAGGCGCUAGGCCGCCCGUGCCAAACACGACCCGGUGUCCUAUUAAAAGCUCAACAAAUGCUUCUUUUUUCUACGGGAGUUAAAAAAAAAAAAAGCUUUGUCCUCGAACCUGCUAGCGGUAAAUCAUGGCGGGUGAUUCUGGAGCAAGUGGCUAAAGCCUUUUGCCUUUUAUCGGACUUAUAGCAUGUUCCCGCCCAAAACCUGUAUCGACAAACCUUCUCUGCCUGUGGCCUCACUAUGGCUGUCUGCAGCCUUUGGCCGAGCCUCCAGCUGUGCCAAUCUGUAAAAAAAAAGAAAAAAAGUCGUUUCUAGAUGCCGAUCUGCCGUCGCUUUUAGAAAUCUAUUUCUGACCUCAGAUCUGCACCUAGGAGGGAAAACACAGUGAACGGCUCUACAUAGAACUCAAGCUAUUAACCGCGGACGUUUACUGCAUUUUUCUUAACGUGUUUGUGAACUCAAUGUAUGUUUAGAUAUUUUUGUUGAAGAGUUACUUAACAGAUAAGAUGAUGCUGUACUUUUUUUUCUUUCUUUUUUUUGGAUCGUUUUGCUUUGACAUAGGUGUUGUCCCUGGUUGAUCAGAUUUCUUUUCCUGCUUGUGUUAUAGCAGGAGAUCUGGUUGUGAGCCAGGGGCAAUACCUAAUGGGAUCUUAAACAAAGGUUUCUACUGUACACCAAGGCUCCCUGUGCUUUACCCUGAGAGAGGGUGAGGUCACAGACCGACCACACCGGGGGAAUCAGUCUAGCGAGGACUGCAAGGCUGGAGGAGAUAAUACAAACUUAAAAAGAAAUAGCAAUGGAGGCACCAGUUUCCCACCUUCUCAGCUCAUAUUUGUUGCUUUCUGUAAGGCGAAGGGAAGGAAAACGCAUCGGAGAGUCUGCAUAGAUGGCGGUGUUUGUUUUGUUUGCCUCUUUGGAAAAAAUCUUGUUUUAAAGCAUAACAAUUUUGGCCUAUAAAUCAGAUUGCCUGGCUUUAAACUCUCCAGUUUCCCCAGUUGAACAGCUCACUGUAGUGUGAGUUCAGACUGGAUCGGUCGGAGGCGGCGGUCCCUCUUUCUGUCCUCCUUCCUCCUCCUCCUCCUCCUCCUCUGACAAACCAAACUUGAUUGUAAAAACUGAAGAUGAAGAAGAAGAAAAAAACAAAGUUAAGAGAAACAAACUAAGUGUAUAAACUUUCUUUCUGACGUGCAGAAGUGAUAAGUUGAAGAGUAGCUGUUUUCGGGUUUUAUUUUCUUUCUAUGGAGUCCAUGGAACCUGGUCAGUUGAGUAUUACCCUGUACAGUGUUUGUAAGAUACAAAAUCUAAACACAGACUUCCCCUCUGUGGAUGUUGGAUUUUUUUUCUUUUCUUUUUUAAGUAACUACUUAUACUGUUCUGUCAGUCCGGAUCAUGUCUGUCUUCUUUCUUUCUUUUUUCUUUUGUCAUUCAGGUUUUAGAGGCUUGUGAUGGCGGAGGUUGGUUUUCUACCACGGAUAGAAAUACAACUGAUGAGGAUGAAAUAAUGUACCAGAAAUUAAAAAAAAAAAAAGAAAGGCCCCUGUUAGGUGUAGGAUCUUAUUAAGAGGAUGAAUCAACAUCGGACCUCAUUCCAGUGGCAAAAAAAAACCAACCUCCUGAUCUGUCCUUUAACACCCACAUUUUUUUCACAUUUUUUACAUGUUUUCUCUCUCAAGUGUUGAGUUUUGGGCAACUAGGACAACACACACACAUCUCUACACACACCUACACUGUCUCUUGCAGGUGCUUUUCAGGCUUGAUGGUUAGAGUAGCUGGUUUUGAUGGUUAAUUGCUGAGAAAAUUGAGCUUUGUGCCAUCAUAUAUCACAACUAACUGCGGUUUUUGUCACAUUCGGUGACUGAGCAGGUCACUAGGACAUGAUUUAUGACUGCUGAUGGUGCGUCUUGGGGGUCGAGCCCACUGCUUUCCUGUUGUCAUAUCACUGGAUCAGCAUGAUCCAUCUGCUACACUGAAUCUUUGGACAUUUUUGGAGGUGGCGAGAGCUUGUUUGGGUCCACACUCGCUAUAGAGUUUGUACAAAUCUGUGUUCAAAGCAGACUGUCCGCUGGAGACACCCUGCAAAUAUACCCUCGAUAGGACAUGAUUUAGUGCUAUUUUUCUAUUUACCAACACCUCUAAAGCAGGCUAAAUAACACAUAUUUUGCUUGUUGAAUCGGCCUGUGUAAAAAUCACAGUUUUACAAGUUUUAGAAGUGUUGAUCGGCUCAUUUUUGUUACCUGGCUGUGUGUUUUCCAGCUCUCAAAGUGAAAUAUUUGCAUAUUUACCCCCCCCAAACGCCCUACCGUUUCUUUAAGAAAAAAACAGAACUUAAUGAUUCACUGGCUAAUUAGCUGUGCUGUAUUAUCACCGUAGGCGAUUGCUCCUGACACAAAGCCUCGCUUCAUCUCUCAUUUGCUUUUUGUUCCCAGCAGAAAAAGAGAGAGAGAGAGAGAGAGAACAGGCCAUUUCGGGAGCUGGAGAAAGGCCAUAGUGAAGGCUGAGGGUGUGUGAGUUUGUGUGCAUGUGUGGGUGCUGCUGUUUGGGAACUGAAAAAGGAUGAUUUGGCAGAGCAGUAGGCGGAGAGAGGAGAAAAUAGAGGUGCACGCGUUUGUGUGUGAGUGUGCGUGGUCAGUGGGUGUGCGUGUGUGUGGGAGAUGCACACACAGUGCCUCCAGUGUCACAUAGUAACGUUACAGUGCUGCAGCUCCGCCAUUCUAGGUCAGGGUUAGUGUGACCAGAGGAGAGGUCAUGUGAUACUACAAGUCAGAGCAGCCUGUAAGGUCUGUACUCGCUUGGUGAUCAGUCAGAGGCUCAUGUGAGAAAAAUCGAAGAAAAAAGGAGACAAAAUUGCUCAAUUGACAUGUGGGAAGUUAUUUCUGAUGUGAUGACCAAUAGUAACCCAGACAUUAGUCACAAAGCUGAUAAAUUCACUUAUUUUUUAGUCCUACUCUGAGCUACUGGUUAUUUUCAGCACUCAUUUAAGCCUUAGAAACCUAAAGUCACAGCUUGGCAUUUGGAGAAAUAUGAAUAUUUGAGCAUAAGAUGAGAAAUUUAAUGCCGCUUUUUUGUCUGUGUGUUUAAUAUGAAGUGAAAUCCAGCAGCUGGUUCACUUAGCUUAGCUUAAAGGCUGGAAACAGAUGGAAACUGCUCACCCGGCUCCAUCCAAUGGAAAGAAAAUCCGCAUUCCUGCUGUCUUUUGCUCACUAGUUAACAUGCUACUGUAUAUCUUCUCGUCUCACCGUUAAAAUGAACUAGUGAGCUUCAGAUGCACUUUUUGGGCAGAUUUUGUUGAUGCUGGAUGGCUGUUGUACUCUGUUUUCUACCCUGCUGCUGGGUGUAGCUUUGGAUUUAGCCAACAUGGCAAGCAGACAUGAAAGAGGUAUUGAUUUGGUCAGGAAAGCAAAGAAGUAUCAGACUGCUACUUUGGAUAAAUUUGUUUAUUUUAUGUGGAGGGAUAAUAAGCAAAUCUGCAGUGACAGGUUUGAAGUAACUCAGAUUUACUGAUCUGAGACAAGUUUACUUAUUGCUGAACUAUUGCAAAAUCGAGGAAAGGUUUGAUUCUUUGGUAGUUUUUCGAAAAAGAAAUGCAGUUCCUUUCUUUGCAGUUGCAGAGGUUUCACACAAAAUAACACAAGCAUAUCAUAUCAGCACACACACACACACACACACACACACACACACACACAUAGAUGUCCUGAUAAUGUCUGACAUAUGCUAUUUUUUUAUCAUUGUUUUUUUUCAAUCAUUCCAUUCCUGGUUGGGCUACAAUCAGAGACAGCCGGCCUGAAUUGCUGGUUUGGCCGACGGCUUGUCUGACUGAUUGGGUGUUAGUUUGCCUUAUAGUGGUGUAUAUUGUGUUAAUGCUGGUCUUGGGGUUAUCAGAUCAACAGAACGAAUGGUCUUAAUGUGGAACACGCGGCUCAAGAUGGAAAUCCACUGGUGUGUUGUGACACAAAGCGAGCCCGGCGGUAUUCCUGUCCGGUCCGGUGAGGAGAGUUGAGGCUCCUCGCUGGUGGACUUUCAUAUCAAACAUCACUGAAAUGGCUCUGAGCCCUUCCUGAGACUCAUUUUUGUGUUCUGAUCUCCUGUGUAUGCAUACAGUAUAUGUAUCUUUUUGCCUUGAUUGAUUAUGAAGAAAAUAUAUCUAUUUUUUGUAACUGUUCUCUGAUGUGCCAUAACUCAUGUUUUCUUGCACACUGUUAAUAUUUUGUGGAUAUUGCUGUUACAAAAAAGAUGAUAUUGAGAAGUAGAUAACAUUAAUAAAAAGAUGAUAUAAUAACA